ACAGGGCUUUGAGCACCCUGGUGUAGUGGAAGGUGUCCCUGCCUGUGGCAGGGGGGUUGGAACGGGAUGAUUUUUAAGGUCCCUUCCAACCCAAACCAUUCUAUGAUCCUGCCCUGGAAGAGGUGAGGAGGGCAGGCUGAGGAGGCAGCAGCUCCCAGCCAUAUUUACCACACCCUUGCAAGGGGGCAGGUAACAUCUCCUAUCUGGCUAUGAGCUGGAGACAGCAACCCCCAAGGAAAACUUGGGUUAUGGUGAGCAAUUGGUUAACAGGGCUGUCCUGUGCUUGCUAGAAUUUAAGGACAUAGUAAUAAAAACAACUGGAUUUUCAGAUGCCUGGGGAUGUGUCUGGGAGAGGUGCACCAGCUGCUUUUUGGGUGCUUUCCCCUGUAUCAGGACAGAAACUGCUGCUCCCAGCUCUUUGGCAGCGGUGCUGCUGGUAAAUGAUCAUCAAGGUGGGGCCGGAGGUUGGUGCUGGGUUUGAACCCAGGCAGGUGCCUGGGACUGGUGUGCCAGCAGGCAUCCUGCUCCCACACCCAGCAGCGUACAGCAGCCUCUGGAACUUCCAGGCUAGACCACCCAUCCUGCAAUGACCUAGUGCACCUGAGACCCGGCAGCCGUGGGGAUGGAGCUGAAGGUCUGGGUGGAUGGGAUCCAGAGGGUUGUCUGUGGUGUCUCGGAGCAAACCACCUGCCAAGAAGUGGUUAUCGCCUUGGCGCGGGCCAUAGGUCAGACGGGCCGCUAUGUGCUGGUGCAGAAGCUGCGGGAGAAGGAGCGGCAGCUGCUGCCACUGGAGUGCCCCUUGGAGUCGCUGGCCAAAUGUGGGCAGUAUGCCAACGACGUGCAGUUUGUGCUGCGUCGGACAGGCCCCAGCAUGGCUGAGCGGCCCUCCUCAGAGGGUGCUCCCCAAGCCCCCGAGAGGACGUUCAUCCGGGCCAGCUUGCCCAUCAAGCCCAGGCCUGCCAGCACGGAUGCACCCCGUUCCCGGGAGCCAAAAAAAUCCAUGACCUUCAACUUGGGUCCUGCAGGUGACCCAUUUGCCAUGAGCCGCUGGAGGCACCAAGCACGGGAAAGGAUGGAUUUGGAGGGCAGUGGGGUCCUCCAACCCUCCAAGGAGGAGCUGUUUAGGAGGGUGCUGCGGCAGCAGGAGCAGCUGCAUUCCUUGGAGGCCCAUGGGGACACCCUGGAGAUGGACCUACGGCUCUGGGAGCGUGGCCGAUUCACGGGUCAGGAGGAUGAGAUCCUCUACCUAGAGCACCUGGUGCGGAGGAAUGAGACAGAGCUGGGUGAGGAGGAGUUUUGGCAAACUGAGCUCCGGCUGGAAAAGGAGUGCGAGCGGGAGCGGCAGGAGCGCGUUAGGAGCCUCCGGGCCAGUCUGGAGGAGUACACCCAGAGGAUCUAUGAGCUGAGUGCCCGGACUGAAGCCCUGCAGCAGGAGAUCCAGUGGGAGAUGGCAGAGAGAGCCAAGAGGGGGAAGGAGAUCCCUGUGCCCAGCCCCACAGAGCUGGAGGACAUGGCUGCCAAGAUGAAAAGGGACCUAGAGGCCAAGGUCAAGCAAGGGACCCAGCUGGAGAGCAACCUUGCCAGUGUGGAGAAAGCCCUGGAGGAAGCUGAAAGGAAUCUGCAGGCCCAGACCCAAGAGCUGGAGGAGUUAAAUAAGGAGCUGAGGCAGUGUAAUUUGCAGCAGUUUAUUCAGCAGACGGGGGCCACGGUGACUGUCCUGCAGGCCAGGUCCGAGGAGGAUGCCCAGCCGGAGCCGAGCCAGUGCGAGCUGCCAGCCUACCGGAGAAACGGAGGUCAGCACGCUGCUGCCGGCUCGGCCGUGGGGGCUGCUCCGGGGGACUCCUGCCCGCUCCCAGCCUCCCCCUCCAAAGGGGUCAGCACCCCCUCCAAGGGUUCAGCCCCAAAGCUGGCCAGUUCUGCCCUGGGCACUGCUGUUAGGCAGCAGGAAUGGAGUUUUGGUGCUGGCACAGCACUCACUCCCCACCCCAGGGGUCUCUGAGGUUUGCCAGCCCCGGGACUCCUUCCUCCUCCCCACUGAAGCCUUGGGGUUGUUUGUAGCCACGCUCAGUGCUCAGAUCCUGCAUUGCUGUUUUGGGGGCUGGGGCAGCUGCAGGGAUCUUUCCUUCACAGCAUUGUUGCAUGCUGCUGCCACAGCAGUGGCAAAAAGGUUGCUGAGGGCCAGUGUCAUCCCCCAUUGGCUGUGGCCGGUGGGGAUGGGCUCCAGCCACCGAUGACCUCUUUGUGUUGGGGAUGGGUGAGCAUGGUGCCUGGGGCCACGUCCACAUCCUCACAAGGGUGAAAGGAGAUGGUGGGGGGGCUCCUGUGGAAAGUGACAUGGAAAAAUAGGGACCUGGUCACUUCUCCUCUGGAGUACCCAGAGAGGAUGAUGUGGCUGCCCCAUAGCACUGCAGCAGCUGUGCCCAGCAAGCACAGGGGAGGUGCAAGCC